AUGACGAAGAUCUCAACGCUUCUAUCAGCCGUUUUCUUAGCCAUUGGGGGUUUCCUCUUCGGCUAUGAUAGUGGUAUCAUCACCUCGACCAUCGGCCAGAGUGAAUUCAUCAAAUAUUUCAAUAAUCCCAGCGAUAAUGUCACUGGCGGCAUCGUUUCUGCGUUCCAAGGAGGCGCUAUUCUGGGAACUAUCAUCAAUGUUUUUACUGGCGACCGUCUUGGUCGCAAGCUUUCAGUCUUCGCAGGUGCUUGUGUGUCGUGCUUCGGAUGUGCUCUGCAAGCAGGCUCGGUGAAUAUGGUUAUGUUGAUCAUUGGGCGAUUUAUCGCCGGAGUCGCGGUCGGGAUGCUCACAUCCAUUGUGCCAAUGUACGCGGGUGAGAUGGCUGAGUCUUCGACUCGUGGUAUGAUGUCUGGUCUGUUGCAGUGGAUGCUGAGCUGGGGAUAUCUGAUUGCUCAGUGGUUGGGAUAUGGGUGUUCAUUCGUGAACAAUCCUUUCCAAUGGCGUUUCCCGCUUGCAUUCCAGUGCAUUCCUGGGAUCAUCUUGGACCGACACGAUGAGGCUCUGUCUACCCUUCAGAGACUCCACGGUGAUGGAACCCCAGAGAAGGACCAAUACAUCGAACUCGAGUUCCAAGAGAUUCGCGAUGCCAUCGAAGCCGAGCGCGCCUCAACCCGUAUCACUUGGUCUUCAAUUCUCACCAAGUCCUCUUGGCGUCGGCGUCUUAUUUUCGGAUGUGCUGUGCAAGCCUUUGGUCCUUUGUCCGGUAUCAAUGUCAUCAACUACUACGGUACUCGCAUUUACGCGUCUCUUGGAAUUGACACCCACACCUCACUCAUGAUCAUUGGCAUUUCCGGUGCCCUGUCCAUUGCAUACUGUACUGGAGGCCUCUGGGCACUGGAGCGAGUCGGCCGUAUCAAGCCCCUGAUCAUCGGUUCCGCAGGAAUGGCCCUCGCCCUCGUUGCCAACGCCGCCAUGUCCCAGCACUACGAUGAAACCAACCAGAACCAGCUUCGUGCCAUGGUCGCAAUGAACUUCGUGUUCAGCUUCUUCUACACUUUCAUUGGUAUUAUCUCCUGGGUGUACCCGGCGGAGAUCUUCCCUGUCGAUAUUUGCAACCAGGGUAACUCCGUAACGACCUUUACAAACUGGACUAUGAAUUUGGUUUUUGCUCAGUUCUCUCCGACCGCGCUCACCAGUAUUGGUUUCCGCUAUUUCUAUGUGUUCUUUGUUUUCAACAUCAUUGCCGCGGUCUCUUAUGUGUUCUUCUUCCCGGAGACCAAGGGGAAGACUUUGGAGCAGAUGGAUUUGCUGUUUGGGGAUAGCAAUACCCCUCCGGAGCUUGAUGAGAAAAGGACGGCUCAGGUGGUUGUUGAGCAUGCGGAAUGA